AGUUGUACAGGACAGACAUGAGGCUGUCUGACUGGUGGCCUGCCGGAUUGCUUUUGAUGGUCGGCCUAUAUACUUCUCAUGCCUCUCACAUACUUUUUCCUGUGUACAUACAUGCCUGAUUACCUACCUCAUGUUCCUGCCCCCCUUCACUGGCAAAAGGGCCGUUGUUUACAUUGUUUGCUUAUCUUGCUGGCCCUGCCCUGGAAUUCGACUAUCUCGGAUUGAAUAACCCUUCCUCUUCGGGGAUUGAGUGCCAAGAGGAGUGAAAAAUUCACGAGACAAGAACGGAGAAUUAACACAGACCUAUCAAUUGGCCUGUCACAACAUUCCCCCUCUCUCUCAUGGCGUUCAUCAAGCCCAAGUCUCCCAUUCUCUCUCAUUGCUUCUUUGUUCGUCAUGGCUGCUUUCCCAGAUAAGGCCGCAUCGACGGCUACAACUACGGGCUCCUCAUCGCUAACCUUUGCACUGCAGGCUUUACUCCAUCGACAUGAAUCGUAUAUGGCUGAGGCGGAACAGGACCGCCGGCAUCUCCUGCUCAACAUUGAGAACCUCGAGCGCGAGAAGCGCGAGGUUCAGGCCGAGAACGCCCGAAUAAUCGAGGAGAAUCGCGACUUGCUGGAGCAGUUAGAGGGUCUAAACAGGGCCGUCGCUGAUUCCGACACACACGCCAAGUCACUGACCUCGCGACUGGAGAACACUGAGAUCGAGCUGCGCAAAUUGACCAUGUCGGCAGCCCGUGCGGCGGAUCUUGAAGCCCAACUCGCACACAUGGAAUUAGAGCAGAGCCGAUUACAAGAAAGUCUUCAGUCGGCCAAGGAGGAAUCCAGGUCGGCCGUCCAGCGAUGGAAGCAGGCCGAAUGCACUCUGCGUGACCUGCAUGACCAGGUCGAUCGCAUCGAGAAGGAAGCCCGGGAGGAACGAGAGCGUCAUGCGGAUUUAAUCCAGCGGAUGGAGCGCCGGCGCACCGUGGAGCGCGAACUCGAUGGCGCGGCUGGUCGAUUGAAGGGUGCAGCCGCGGCGCAGGAGCUGGGGCGCAAUCGUGGGGGCGCCAAUGUGGUUUCCCACUUCGUACGUGACAUUUUACAAGAUAAUGCCAACCUACAGAUGGGAAUCAUGGAGUUGCGGGACAUGCUCGAAAGCUCGAACCAAGAGGUGCAGAAUCUGCGGGAUCAGAUACUGUCUCAUCAGCCUCUAGCUGCGUCCGAUGGGCAGGAACCUCGGCCGUCAACCACUCUGAGUCAGGAAUUGGAAGCACAAGAGUCUCGUCGCGUGUCGCAGGAAUAUCACAUUCACCACCAUUAUCAUCCUCCCGCCAUCCCAGCUGGGCCCAAAAAAGAACGAGGUUCGCUGUUCCGUCGUGGCAGCAAGAAGAGACGAUCUUUGGGCAGUGCGGCGGUGCUAAACUUGGCGUCGGGGACUCGCAAGCCUAAUCACCGCUCGCAAUCGUCCAGCUCAUCCACGUCGACAAUUUUGUCCCAAACUUCGGUCUCCAUCCCUCCGGCAACGUCCCAUCGGUGGUCAUUGCAAACCCCCACGACGGAAUCUGUGGCCAGCUCGCCGCAGUCCGCCUAUCAGCCACCCUCAAUCUUCGACCGUGCGGAACGCAGCUUCGACUUCUCCCAGCCAACCAGUCCAGCCAGUACCGUCUUUUCAUCUCCUUUGAGAACUCGCCGCAGGAAUAUUCAUUCUGAUACGUCUUUGUGCCGUGAAGAGACUGACCAUUUCACCCAUGUUAAGGACGAUGAUCCAGGGUACGACUAUCUCACCCAUCGUAACGUGAGUGUCGAGUCUCCGCACCAGGGAAUCGUGGAAACCGUGAUCCCGGAAGAGGUGGAGUCGAUGCAGUAUGCCGAAUCAGAGCGAGCCGCAUCUCCUUCGAUGGCCGACAUUUUCUCUUCUCCCUAUCGUUCGUUACGCCGGGGUUCGUCCCACGAGAGUCUAUUUUCCGUGGCGGGAAUGGACAUCCAUGCUCCUAGUCGACGUCCGUCGCGGACCAACGUGAACGACCUUCCUUCCACUACCAUGCCUGUCCGGCUUCCACGACGAAUCAUUUCAUCAAAUGCGGAUCUUUGCCCCACGCCCCCAGUGAUUUCAACGAGCAUUGUAACGGCCGGGCGAGAGCCAGCCCUGAUGCCCAACCAGCGUCCACAGUCCCUUCUCGCAUCGAUGGCGGGGAACAAGCAGCCCCCAACGGAGCAUGCGGCUUCUGAAGACGGCCACUUGGACGGCAGCGCCGCUACGCCCUCUCGGAAGCUGUCUUUAUCCCGCCGGGUUGGCGGCUGGGUCCGCGGUCGCUGGGGCACCGCCGCCGUCUCGGGACAUGACAGCAUACAGUCGUUGCCGAUUGAAGCGGAGGCUUCUGGCCCAAUUAGACCUUCUUCUUCCGGCGGGAACAGUGCCAGCCACCCGGCCAAGGCUCGAGCAAGCCCAGCCCCGAACAUGCCCUUCCGUUACCCGGGGGUGAACCAAAAGGGGCCCAUCAUGGGCUUCCGGCCCAUCUCUCGUGCCCCUGUGUCCCUGCAUGCCGAGCAACUAGACGAAAGACUGCUCAGGGAGAGUCUUGCUGAGUGAUUUUGCUCGGUCAGUAUUGCGCCAGCACGACAACAACAUAGCCUCGUAUAUACACCAUUGCCAUCGCUCCCUUUCUUUCAACUUUCAUCAUAUCUGAGCGCCAUCCAUCCACCUGUUCAUAGGCGGCAGCACAAUCCUUGGUCGAUCAACUUUCUUCUAUUAGCCGUUCAUCUUUUCUCGAGACGAGCAUUGGGCCAGUCCGCCCAUCGCUCGAGAGGUUUCUGUAUCCGAUUUGAUAGACAUGAUACCCAGGAUGUGAGAGACUAUUUUUGCUUAUCACAUACAGCAGCACAGCAUAGCAUAGGCUUUUCUUUUUGUACACGGUUACCUC